GAGCACAUACAAGAAGUUUUGGACAAAUGGACACAAAUCGAUGAUGAGAUUUGGGCCAAAGUGAUUGUUUUCGAACGCAAUCGACGCGUAGCGAAAGCAUAUGCACGUGCGCCAGUGCUCACCAUAAAUGGUUCCGAUGAUGGUUUCGAUGGCAUGCGCAUCGGCUUAUGUGGUUUUGAUAAUCCAAUGCGCGAUCAGAAGACCGACGAAUAUAAACGGCACAUCGGGCAGGGCGUCAAAAUCAAAAUGGACGACGCUGGCAAUAUUCUCGUUCGCCGCUGCAAAAGUAAUGUAUACGUCAAGAGCACAGCGAGCGCUCCCAACGAAGAGACAUCCAUUGGUGCCGACAUACUCAAAUUGCAAACCAAGCAUUGAAAGUGAAAAAUAGUCAAAUUAUUCGAUAUGAAAAAAUUCCAAUCGAAUGUAAAUCGUGAACUUCGUCGUGCUUAUCCCGAUCGACGACGCCUCGAGACACAAUGCCUGUCCGUUGUGGCUUUUGUCAAAUCGGAAAACGAUAUAUUGGAUUGUCCCGUUUGGGUGCUCAUUGUCAACGUGGUCGCAAUGGAUAUGCUAAAGAGCAAAUUGCCACCAGUGCAACGCCCCAUUGUGGACAUUAAGAAUCGCCCUAGAAUCCCCAUACCCGACGAGGAUCCGUACAGCGUGGCCGGCAAUGGCAGCGGCGGCAGUUCGGGCAGCUCUGGUUUUGGUGCUGGCAGCAGCCAUCAUUCACAACAGCAACAGCAAACCGCCGCUGGUAUGGGUAUGCAUACUAUGAACGGCGCUGGUAUGAACGGUGGCACCGCUGUCGCCGGACAUGUGGCCGCCACACGUGAACAGCUGCUAUUGCAGACACAACAAUUGGCUCAUAAACGCAGUGAAAAGCCGCCGAAAUUGCCGCCACGCGAUAAUAUUUACGCACACGAUAUUAUACCGAAGCCUGAUUACGAUGACAUCGAGGUGGAUACUAGAAUCAAAUUGUCACGUGGCAAAUCUGACAAAGGCAAAGACAACAAAAAAUAUGAUGAUCCUUACUAUUGCGGUUUACGCGCACGAGUACCAAACUUCGUGAAGACCUCCAAAUCUAGCAAAGAACACAAGGAGCAUGCCACCAACGGCACUCUGGUUAAUGGCAACACUGGCAACACGAAUGGCAACAGCAACGGCAGCAGCAUGAACACACUCAGCCAGAAGAAGAACUCCAUGAUCCACAUGUCGAUGACCGCGCCCAAUUUGCAUGCGAUGCAUGUGGCAGCACCACAGCCGCCACCGCACAUGCAUCCACACCACAUUCAGCAGCAACAGUUGAUGGCCGCCGCUGCGGCACACGCCGUGCAUCAUCAUCACCCAGCAGCGGCUGCGCACCAUCAACAGCAUCACGUGCCGCAGCAUCCAGUGUGGCAGGCGCGCAGCUUCGAAAGCGGCAUAGGUAUUUAUGAUAGUAGUAGUAUUGGUUGUCAGCAGCAGCAGCAGCAGCAGUUCAAUGCCGCACAACAAGUAACCUUACAAGCACAAGCACUAUCACAAUCACAAGUACAGGCACAAGCACAACAACUACAACAACAACAACUGCACAAUGCACUGCCACAGAUGUUGUCUGCCGCGGCGGCCAUGCGCCUGCCAGCGGACACAGCACAUGGCGUGGACGGACAUGAACACGAACACGUACUUAACAACAGCAACAAUAACAAAAACAAAAACCAUAACAAUAACAUAUACUUUAGCGUACAGCAACAACAGCAGGAGAGACAGCGCCAACAUCACUUUCAGAAUUUAGAACAAACGCGACAGCGCCAUCACCACCACCAUCACGAGCAGGAAGAGUCGCUAGAGCGCAACAACAAACAUCACCACAACCAUCGUCAUCACAACCGCAAUUGUGCGCGUCGCCAAUUACCGCCGAAUAUGCGAGACUGUUAUGCGCCACUGCACACUGAUACAGACUACCCCGACCCCGACCAACUCUAUGCAGAUGCGCAGCCAACUGCACUGACUUCCAACGCGCGCUCAAGUCGCUCGCGCUUUCGGCGCCUUACACGCGAAUUGCAGCAAACGCUUUCGCCGCACCGUUUCCGUACGAGUCGUACGCGACGAGAUGCAAGUAAUUCAGUUGGCAGCAAUUGCAAUUGCGUGAGCUGCUAUACACUCGCGCCAUUGUUCGGCGUAGAGCAGCCGGCGCGGCCACCGCGCAGCCUCAGUCAGCAGCAAUUGCGUUUGCACCAGCGGUUAAGCGGCAGUUUGGCGGAAAUACCGCGGCCGCCGCCACCACCACCACUACCACCGUUGCUUGCAGCACAAAUGCGUGCGUCGCGUCUGAACAACAGCGCUGACCUUGAUGGCGCUAAUGAUGAAAAACGCGAAGCUCUUGGUGUAGGGCGAAACAAAGCGCUUGGACAAAGCGGUGUAAAUUUGGUGAAAUGGUGUAGCGAAAGCGACGUGUCAUUUUUAAAUCCUCGGCGCAAUCGUUAUUUAGCGCCCAGUGAUACCUGCACCUACGACGAGGGUUUCGGGGAAGCGGAUGUAGUGGAAAGCUGUUAUGGCGUUGGAGGCGCGCGCAACGCAGAAAAUUUUAACACACACGAGAACGUAGAUUCGCCGCAUUAUGUAAAUAAUUGCGACUACCGACGCAAAGACGCCGCGCCAUAUUAUAAUGAACGCAAACAGAAAGCGCAAGACAGAAAAGAAUCGCAUGACCAUAUUGCUGGCAAAAAGAAAACAUAUAACGAAUACGCUAUGCAAACGCGACGCUACGGUGACUGCUUGUACACCGCCGACGAGACAGACUGGGAUACUACACAGUUUGACCGCUACACAAACAGACAACGGCAAUUGGGUUCACCAUCACCGCCACAAUCACCCUUUGAGCGAACAGACGUCGAUGAAAUGCAGGUUGAUGGAGAACGCGUCAGCGCCGAUAACAGAUCGGGUUUUGUGCAUUCUCCCGCGUUGUUGCGGCACAAAUCUCUCUCAAUCGAAAGUUUCUUCGAGCAACCGAAUGAGGAGGGUUCACUUUAUAUGUACGGUGGGCGCAAGCGCAUCGUGAAAGCGCCAUCUACCACCAUGCUCUACGAUCGCCUACGCAGCAGGGAAGCUCAUGCGCAACUAAACGCGCUUAAUAUGAGACGCGGACGCAUUGAGCAUGAGAACAGGAGAGGUCAUGGAAAAGACAUAGACGAAUUGCAACAACCGAAGUUGCUACACUCUCAGCGCGACAAACUGGGUAUGCAAAUGCCACAUAAGCACAGAGUAGAUGACGCGGCGUCGCCAGAGAAGCCAAUGUUGCCGCCGCCAUGCUGGCGCGGUAGGAAAAACAGCAAUUGCAGUAGUGAUCAACUUGUUGUAGACAAUGAAUUAGCGUCAGAAAAUACAAAAAUGCCAACAACAGCAGCAAAAUCAAAUGCAACAACGCCAACAAUGUCCUCAGCCAUUAAACAGCUGGGCGGCAGCAUUGUUGCCGCUACCACAGCAGCGUUCGAAAUGAAAGCGCACAAUCAAAAGCGUCAGCAGCAACAGCAGAAGCUGAAGCUCCAGGCUGAACUCAAACAAAAACAAAAGCAACAACAAUACUUGAAUAACUAUGAGCAAGUGGCGAAAGUACCAAACGAUGUGGCGCUGGCUCAAAUUAAUAAACUAGAUAACAACAACAAUAACAGCAAGGAGAAUAGGAAUUUCAUGUUUAACAAUAGCAAAUGCAACAACAACAAUGGCGUUAAGAACACUAAUGUAACAACAACUAAUGUCAAUACAGGCAGGGAACAGCAAAUGUUUAAAAGGCCUAAUUUUGAAACGCUACAACAACAACAAUCCCAAAAACACGGACAGCAAAACCGUCUCAGUCGAUCGGAUAGUCGCGUGGACGCCAGCGAUAUGGAAUCCAUUUAUGGCUAUCUAAAGCCGCGCAAACCGCGCAGUUUGAGUCUGAAACGAAUUCAAAUACUCGACUACUGAGCAGCAUUAAAUGCUACAAAAACAAUAUUAACUUAUAUAAAGUGCUUGUGCGGGACCGUGCAACAACUGCUGCUAGUUGAACGUCUUGACAAGUCCAUUGCACCGAGACCUGACUGCCCUCAAUCGAACAACCACAACAGUAACAACAACCGAACCACCCAGUAUCGCUGAAAACUGAACGAAAUGAACGAAAAUUGAGUUUAAGCAAGAAAAUACCAAUUAUAAAAUAGAUGCUGACUUGGUUGAAUCACCAUACAAUCACAUCUAUGGACGCUUGCCGUUGCCAACACGUGGCUAUGUGCCCACACCGCGCA